AUUUAAUUCAAGAGUGGAAUUUUGUUCGUAUAUUACUUAAAAAUUUUGCAUUAUUAAAGCUUUUAGAUGCUUGGAAAGCAUUAUAUCAAAAAAUUCCAAAUUUUUCUGUUCUUUAUCCUAAUUCUUAUAAAAUUGUUGAAUUAUUUCUUAUACUCCCACUUUCUAAUGCUGUAGUAGAGCAUGGUAUGUAUACAGAUCAGAAUGAUGUAAAGAUGCUUACUUAUUCAAUUUUUGGACACAUUUAUCAUAUUUGCAAAAUAGAAGAAGCUUUCACUUGCACCAGUUCUGGUGGCAGAGACCUAAAAGGCACCAAGAGUAAUCCAAAGAAUUUAAGAACUGCACUACAAUCAAAAGAUCAAGAAUUAGUCAUGGGCAAUCUUGCUUUAAUGAUUUCUUGUAAAACAAAGAGACCUAUUCGUGAAAGUAUAGGAAAAAGUGAAUAUAAGGUGUACAAAUAUACUUUCAAGAGGAUGAAGGGACAACUGCCACUCAGGACAUGUUUUAUGCUGUUAGACAAAGAUGAAGACAAAAGUGAGGAUGAAAACAAGAACAAAGGUGAAGAUAAAAAUGGAAAUGAAGAUAGGAGCGAAGAUGAGGAUGGUAAUACCAAAAAAAAGUUGAAAUUAUAA